GUGUGCUCUUCCUAUAUAUUUUUUACUGUGUUGAUCAUAGAGGUUGUGGAGGUUGGGGAGAUAGACAGCAUGGAAUAAUUUCUAUAUAUUUAAUGGCACAGGCCAUGGGUCGUCGUUUUGGCAUCAUUAUUUCAAGACUUUGUAAUUUUACUAAUUAUCUUCAACCAAACAAAAUUAACUGGACAAUUGACCCAAAAGAGUUGCAUGGCCUAAGAAGUCGUCACCUUCAUUUGGUUGACAACAAUACGUACAUUUCCUCUUUACAAUCAGCAGACUUAGAAAUGCUUUACCCUGAAGAUGUCCUCUAUCUGACAACAAAUCGAAUCUAUUUUCAUGCCUUGAAACGGAAUCCUCGCUACAAAGAACAACUGCAUUGGGCAUCAAAAAUGUCAUAUGGAAAUUUAUUUGCUAAAAUGAUGAAUUUAUUGUUUCGCUUCAGCGAUCAUUUACAGGAAAAAUUUGACAAAUUCUUUGAAGUCAAUAUCCCCAGGCCAGAUAUACAUCUGGUGUGUGCUCAGAUUCGAAUGGGACAGAACCCUAGUGUUCCAAGAGAUUGCCCAAGGAAUUCAAUGUCAAGUAUUCAGAUUAUCUGGAACUUGUUAAAUAAGUACAAAAUAUUUGUGACAACAGACUCAGAAGUGGUACAGGCGAUAGCUUUUAAAAAAUUUUCUCCUCAAAUUGUGUACACAUCAGGGGGAAUAAUGCAUAUGGAUCGGCCACGUAAGGAGAUGAAAAACAAGUGUGAUGGUGUAAGGAAGUCGCUUAUGGACCAAUAUAUUCUGAGUGAAUGUGAUACGUUGAUAAUAAGCCGAAGUGGUUUUGGUGAAAAUGCUAUGAUGAUGAGACAAAGAGAAAACAACCUGUUUUAUUUUAAACAUGGAGAAAUACAGCAAAUCAACAAAGAAAAAGUUUCUACCUGGUGGCCAAAAAAAUGGUGUGGGGGAAUUAUAUCUUGACAAACAGAAUCUGAAAGUGACAUCCAUGUAUCAUCAUCAUGUCAAGAUCUUAAGAUACUGGAUGCAUAGAAUUUCAUUGGUCUUUCAAUAAAACAGCUUAUGAGGAAUAAGGUAUAACAUACAUAG